AUGUCUACUUGGGUUUGUUGCACCUUCUCCAAUUUGCUACCUCGCACAUAUCUGCAGUCCAAGCAGGACGAUGUCCACAAUGCACAUGUUGCUGAUGCUGCGGCCGGUGAUUCGGAGUCGCAAAGUGACUCGAGCAGUGAUGACUCAUCGGACUCCAGCUUUGCACAGCUGAAGUCCAAAAAAAGCACAGCGAAGGCCGCCAAGGGUAGUUCUUCAAGCAAUUCUGAUUCUGAUGGGGAGCCUGAGCCUCGGGCAUCGACCCCUGUGAAAGAAGUUGCGGCUGGCCGCAACAGAGGGAAGGGCUCAGAGCCUGGCAGUGGCCAGAAAAAGCGCUUGUCCAAUGCAUCUGCAGCAACGGCAGCUCCCGUGAACAAAAGAGCGAAGAAGAAAACAUCCGCUGCAGAAGCGGAGAAGACCUCGCCCAAGGUGAAAGAGAGCGGUGAAGCAUAUUUUGCAUUGCUUCACGAACUGACACCUGAUGUUCUGUGGCGCUCAUGUGUCCGGACCGCGGAAGUAGAACGACGACUGGGGCGAUUGUCAUCGAUACGCUCUAGCUUGGAGAAAGCCUGCGAGGAUGACCCCGACAUCGCGCCGCUACUGUGCAAAAUCGAAAAUGAGGCUUUGCUGGUGGACGGGGUCAGAAGCAUCAGCAGGUUGCUUCGAGCAAGCAGCUCGGAAGAGCUGGUGCGGGAUUUGACCCAGACCGGGGGCAUCGCAGAGUGCUUUCGAGAAGUGAAAGUGGUUGAGCAUCUCCUGCCCACCAAGACGUUUGAGGAGAUGUGCAUCCUGCUCGGACGGAAGGCCAAGCCUGAAAUCCUCUUCAGCGUUGCCUGCCUGAAGCAUGUGGAGCCUGUGGAUGCCCAGCAAAAGUGCACCUGGAGUCUUGCACACAUGUGGGAGAGGGCAGGUGAGAUGGAUGGCGAGUUGCAGAAAACAGCACAGGUGCGCCUUCUCCAGGCUCAGGCAUCCAUGUUCAACGAUGUGACGGAGAAGUUGCGUGCAGCGGGAUCGUUGCAGAAAAUGCAGGUCAUGAUUCCGCAAUCCUUGCGGAGGACUGAUUUCGAUUCUUCCACCAAGCUGCCCACUGCAGAAGAGCUUCAAAAUGACAGCGCGGAGUUGAGCAACUACGAGAACGAAUCUGGCUUUGCGCACACCAUCAUGAUGGACUGCCAGCGGGUUUUGGCUUGUCUUGCAGUUGAAGAUGAAGACGAGAAGAGUCGGAUCGGCGUGAGUUACUUCGUGAUCGUUGCCCGCUGCUCUGGUUUCAGCAAACGGCUGCUGCUUGCGAUGAAUUCGCAGGCUGAGUGGAGGACUGAUUGUGCACAGGUAGAGAUUCGAAAGGUGAGCCUAUGGCAGAAAGUGCUGUCGUUGGAAGUGUCCGUGUCAGCCACGCAAACCACUUUGAAGCAAGGCCGGAGCAUCAUUGACUUCAUUGCAGAGUUCUUUCAGAAGCAUGAGCAGCAAGCGCACGACCCCAGCAAGUACGAUUGGACAGCUUGGCGCGAUCACAGGAAUUGGCGGUCUAUCUUGCAAAGCUUGGAACAUGGUCUCAUUGAAGGGGCAGCCGAAGUGGCCAAGGAGCUCAAUGCAAAGAUGACACAGUUCGAAGCAUGGGUGAACGAAAAUGUCCUUGAGUUGAACAAGUACAAGGAGAUGGUCAAGGGUAUGGCGGCUUGGAUGGAGGAGAAGGCCGCUUCUCAUGAAGAUCCAUGCACAGAGAUCUUAACUUCCAAGGAGCUCGUGCCUCAGAAGCUUCCGGACGUUUCUGACGACGCGAUCUUUUCACGGUGCCCUUUGGAACUUUACAGGAAGACUGUCUCAUGCAAGAUCGUGUGUGAGUUGGGUUCCGACGACCCCAUUGCGAAGUUGCUCCUGGACUGGCGAGAGUUGGCGGAGAAAGCAAUUGAAGCUCGGCAAGAGGACUGUGUGGCGUCCGCCCAGUUCUGGAAUGCCGUGCUGAGCUUGGCGGAUACUGCCCCUGCCCAACAGGAAGGUGAUGGCAGAUCUUUCAUUGCGGCAGUGCAAAGGUACUCCCGCGCUUCUUUGGCUAUUGCCCAUGCAAAGCUGUUGAAGAUGAUCUUGGAAGCUGGCCCGGACGUGGACGAGAGCGUCGUGAACGCUCUUGCCGGAGAUUGGCUUCCAGUUGGGGCUACCGUGAGGGCUAUCAAGAAGAACGACCUUCCCAAGACCCUCCGCGAUUGCGGCGAUGAUCUGUGCCAGCUGGCAGCAACAUGCCCAUCAAUGGAGACCGUUGCUUCCUUCGUUAAAAGCGAGAAGAUCCAGUCGGAUGCCCUGUUCAAGCACAGUGCUUUCAUGAAUACAUGCGUGGAGUUGCAAGCCAGCUUCAUGGCCAGUGUGUCCCAGGGCUUGACGACUGCCCGCGAAUCCAUUCUUGCUCAUGUGAACGGCUUCAGCGAGAAGUUCAAGGAUGUUUCCGAUCAGGCUUCGCAGAUGCAGAUGGAGACGGACGACGACACGAGGCAUGACUUUGAGUGCUUGAAGGCCACACUGGCGUCGCUGAGGGCAGCCACGGCUGCCUUGACCACUAUGAAGGAGGCCACCAGCUGUAAGGACAUGACAGAGAAGAUUGACAGCUUCCUCAGCGAAGCCACGGCAGCUCGUGAACAAGCUGUCUCAAUUGGCUCCUCGGUCCUGGUAGCGCGGGCUUUGGUGAGGCCUCAGGGUGUGGACAUGAAAAGCACGAUGACGUUUUGCGCCGAGUUCUUCCAGGUGACGACUGUUCCAUUGCCGGAAAAGAUAGAGGGCAAGGUCAUGCAGAUCUUGAAGGAGGCGAAGAAGCCUGACAAACGCAAGAGGGCUCAGGCCUGUGCCCGGACAGAGCAAGUGGCAUCAUGCAUCAUUCAUGCACCUUUGUCAGACAUGACAAGGCUGUUUGUUCAGGGUUUUUGA